AUGGCCUCGAGCGAAGAAGAAGAGCGUUUGCACGAGUACCCAAAGAAGAGAACGACGACGACGGGUGGUGGUUCUUCUUCUCAAACGACGACGACGAAAGCGAACGGGAAAACGCUGAUUGCGUUCGUCUUUGGGUUCCUGCUCUCGUUCAUCCUGUUCCACGCGGACGCGUUCAACCAUCGACAGUCGAUCGUGAACCGGUGGCGAGGGAUUUCGAACGAUUUAGUGUUGGAAAGAGAACACUGCCGGCAAGUUUUGGCCGAGCACAAGGACGCUUUGAGCAGCGUGCACGAGGAGUUUGAGAGUUUGAAAGAGAAGCAUCAGGAGGCGUCCGGCGCGUUGAAGGAGAAACACGACAUGUUGACGCACGCGUCGAGCUUGUUGGAAGAGAAACAUCUGGAGUUGGAACAUAAGACGACGCAGUUGGAGGUGAUGAAAGAAGCUCUGAGCGAAGUGGACGUGGAUGGGCAUAAUGGUGGUGGUAGCGGCGUUGAGGACAACCACGAGGAGGAAGAGGAGGACGACGCUUUAAGCGAAGAAGAGCCGGCGGAGCAACCGAGCGGGCGAUCCUCGAGAGGCGGCGGUAAGCAUAGCAGUAAGCGUAGUAAGCGUGGUGGACACGGUAGCAAAAAGAGCUCGUCGAAACCGCACGGCGGCGAAGAGCACGGGGAAGAGGAUUUAGAUGAAGGCGCGCACGACGAGGCGGACGAUACCGCGUCGGCGGAAGAACCUUUGCAAGAGGAGAUGGAUGUUUCCACAGAAUAA